UGUGUGUGUGUGUGUGUGACAGCAUGACUUUUGGGGAGCCGGUAUAAAAAGCAAAGGAGAAGGUCGGGCCCAGCACAGAGAGAGGCAAAGCUAGAAAGAAAGGGUGAUGAACAAAUGACAGAAACCUAGACACAACAGACCCAAGGAGAACGGAAAACAAGAGGGGUGGGGAAAACAACAAAAUAAGAACAACAACAACUAAUCAUAUAGCAGAUUAAAAAAGAAAACAAAAAAAGGACAAAACGGCAAAAACAAGUGGGAAAAAAACUUUGUGAGACCUUUGCAGAAGAGUCAUCAGGUGAAAGCAUGGGAUACUUGGCUCUCUACACCUGUCUGCUCCUGUUCGUCAUAGAGUGCGCACUCAGUGAUGUUACGCCCACAAUUUCGUCUGUGAGUGGCAACACAACCGACACAAAUUCCAGCCUGCCAACAGCGGGCGUGAACAUGAGCACCCAGUACGUCAGUAACUCAGGCGAUGGCUCCAACAACACGACCACAGUGCACGAAACUGGAACAGUGACAACCACAGCUCAAGUCAACACGACGACCUGCCCGACCAACAAUGCCGGCCCUGGCAUUCCUGGAGCGACCAGUAGAAGCACCACUGCAACCACCCAGCCAAUGUCAAGAAAUACCACCCAUUCCACCAACAUGACCUCAGUUUCAACCAACCACAGCAGCACCUACAAGCCUGGAAUAGAAAAGCCCUUACAUAGUGGAACUGCAGCCUGGCUGGGUUUCCUCAACACAGUCCUUGGGGCUGUCCUUUUUGUGUUGCUUUGCAAUCAGUAGCUCACCUCAGUGGCGUGGUCAAUGUAGGCCACCUAAGACUAACUGACACACUGCCACCCGCUGUCUGUCUUACACCCUGAUCAACCUGCAGUGUCUUUCGGUGGAAAUUAAACUCCAUAAUAAACCGACUCUUGCUUAUAUACAUUAAAGGUGCAAUACGCGAUUCUAUUCCCAUGCGAUCUUGUGUCAGAUUUACUCAUGCAAGUCCAGAGGGGUAUUUCACAAAAGCAGAAUUAAGAUAUCCAAGAUAAGAGAUAAAAGGAGGACCAUGAACACUAAGCCACGAUGAGUAGGAGCGACUAGGUCAAGCCAGGUGUAAGUAAUUCAGGAUAUGUGCACAUUCUCAUCUUUCCUCCAAAGACCUCAUGGUAGGAAUAAAAAAGAUGCAGAAAAUAGUCAUUCACACCAAGUGAACAACAGCUUUUGAUAUAGACUGGCAAGGCAAGGCAAUUUUAUUCAUAUAGCGCAUAGGGUGAUUUCCCAUUCGCCAUAGGGUGAUUUCCACCCGAGUGCACUCCAUAACCGAGGGGGAGUAAGCAGGGUCUAGUUUCGGAAAGGCCCCAUGGUGUUUUGCAAAUAUUACUCAUACAUGGAACCAAGUUCUUAAAAAAAAACACACAUUGAGGUCUGAUCCAAGUGACAGCUGGCUGAACCAAAAAGACAACAUAGUUAACAUUAGAAACAUUAGCCUGGUCAUGACCAGUCUGCACAAAAUAGUCAAGUCCAAAUUCAGCCAGGAUAACAAAAAAAUCCCAGCUUAAUCCAUUAUCUAGGUUUUGUGAAAUACCCCUCUGGCUCUGUAAUUAGGAAACAGAGAGGCUUGAACCAACCCAGACACAAUCCCAGCCAAUUAACAUGGAGCAGCAUGGAAAGAAGCGCUGUAGUUUCGAUUGGCUUCUGAUCUAGAAUUUCAACAAUAGAACAAUGAUACACAAAAUUGAAUCGCAGACUGCAUCUUUAACCAAGAUGUCUAGCAAAACUGUUGCUUUUUAUUCUGAUUGAUUUUGAUAAAUGAAAAUCACAUAUCAGAAUGUCUAUGCAUUUUACACAAAGGAAGGUUUGCCAGAAGGACAGAUGGACAAUGAAGUGAUCCAACAGAUUACUGAGUUUUCACUUCCAAAGGAUGUCUCCACACAGUAAUUUGGAAUAAUGAAUAUGCCACAUGUUGACAAAACUGUUAAAGAUUUCCUCAAAAUAUUGUGUGUUGCUUUAUUGAAUAAAAUUAAACCUUUAGUAAGA